AUGACCGGCCCCUCAAACGACGAGGCUGCCCGCCAUACGGCGCUCCUCCUCUCAACAACAUCCCCGGUACCGUGGUACAAGCAGCCGCACCUGCUCAAGCUCAAUUUCUCCGUCUUGUCUCUUGUCCUGCUGUCUAGUGCCAUUGGUUACGAUAGUUCAAUGACUAAUGGCCUGCUCGCGCUUCCUACCUGGAAUUCCUUCAUGAACUACCCAACUGGUGCAUGGCUUGGCUUCAUCAACUGCAUAUACAUCAUUGGCAUUCUCGUUACCUUGCCCAUCUGCCCCUUCGGUAUCUGGAUUGGUUUUGCUUUCCUAUCCCUGGGUGUAGGUCUGCAGGCGGGGGCUCAGAACGUGACCACGUUCAUCCUGGGACGGUUUUUCCUGGGAGUCAAUACUGGAUGGUACACAACUGCAACGCCUCUUCUUAUCACGGAGGUUGCAUAUCCUCCUCAUCGUGGAAUUGCCAGCUCUCUCUACAAUUGUGGCUGGUAUGUUGGGGCUGUCGUCACAGCUUGGGUAACCUUCGGCACCCGCAACGACCCUACCAGCUGGUCCUGGCGUAUUCCUUCGGUUUUGCAGGCUCUGCUGCCCAUUAUAGCACUGCCCGGCUUCAUCCUCUGCCCUGAGAGCCCCCGUUGGCUUAUAUCCGUCAAUCGCCAGUCCGAUGCCCGAACUGUACUUGCCAAUGCCCACGCUGGCGGCGAUCUAUCCUCCCCUCUUGUCAAUCUAGAAGCGAUCGAGAUCGAAAUAGCUAUAGAGGAGGAGCUAGCCGCCCAGAAGUCGACGAGCUACCUCCAACUGUUCAGAGGCAAAGGCAAUCGUCACCGCUUGCUGAUUUCCGUCACCCUGGGCUUCUUUGCACAAUGGACUGGUAGCGGCGUCGUCAGCUACUAUCUUGCGAUAGUGUUGCAGACCGUGGGGAUUACUUCUGUCACCCAUCAGACCUUGAUAUCGGCCUGCUUGCAGAUUUGGAAUCUGAUCUUUGCAACGGCCGCUGCAUUUUCAGUUGACAGGUUGGGGCGCAGAAAGCUAUUUAUGGCAUCUGGAGCGGUCAUGUUGGUUGCGUAUGUGAUCGUGACAGCGCUUUCAGGCUCCUUUGCAAUCUGGAAAACGCCGCUGCUCUAUUCGUAUCCAUGCGAGAUCUGGCCUUACGCCCUUCGUUCUCGUGGAUUGACCAGUGCUGUCUGGUUCUCUAUGCUCUCGCUUACUUUCAAUAUUUUUGUCAAUCCAAUCGCCCUGGAGGCUAUCGGCUGGAGGUAUUACAUUGUUUUCGUUGCGAUUCUCAUCGCAAUGAAUAUUAUUGUCUACUUCUUUUAUCCUGAGACCAAGGGACAUACGCUUGAACAAGUCGCUCUUCUGUUCGACGGUGAACAGGCUCAACAGGCGGCUGCGGCAUUGGACAAGGCGGAGAAGGAUCUGGGUCUGGUAGGCGCAGAGAAGGAGAAGGUCCGCUCUAAAGCUGAGCACGUUGGGUGAUCGCGGGACUUUGGCUCCGAUUCCCGUCGCUACCGAGCAGCAAGCAGCUGGCUACGGCGAGACUACAAACUGUUCUGCCUUUGCAGUAUUCGACGAACACUGCAGGGGGGAACCUGCUGUUCGCGACAACUUGAGAAGCUUCCGACAGUGCAGUGUUUUCUUGAUUUGCGGGUAUUGGCUCCCAAUACCUCGGCGGCUGUUGUAGGAGGACUAGGUUAGAAAUCGGACUGAACGCAACAUAUUGAGCCCAUGAACACCAUCGUGUCUGAUUGAAAACG